UGGAGCUGUCAGUGUGGCGUCUUCCUGCUGCUGUUAUGUGUGUCGCCUAUAGCUUUUACUCCGAAUGAGACAGCGUCAAACACAGCGGACAAAAAUGGCACAAAACGGCGCAAACUUAACGAGCAAAUGAUUCAAGGCGGGUAUAAAUAAGGCCUUGAUUUUUUUAGCGGAUUUCUAUCGGCUGUGGGUCCGCCGACCACAUCACUGUCACUUCAUUUAUUGCAUUUCCGCACUUACGGAGAAAACGUGUUUGUUGCAACCACCUUUUAAUACAAAGCAAUCAUGAACACCCACAAGUCAGACGUGCACACCAUCUCUCCGGAGCUGCCAGCGAUGUUCGAUGGCAUGAAGUUGGCGGCCGUGGCGACGGUACUCUACAUCAUUGUACGCUGCCUGAACCUCAAGAGCCCCACCGCGCCCCCUGACCUCACCUACCAGGACACACCCCUCAACCACUUCCUGCUCAAGUCCUGUCCUCAGCUGACCAAAGAGUACAUUCCUCCCUUGCUGUGGGGCAAGAGCGGGCACCUCCAAACCGCCCUCUACGGGAAACUGGGCCGGGUGAGUGCACCUCAUCCCAGCGGGAUCAGGAAGUACUUGCCUAUGCAGGAUGGGGCCACUGCGACCUUUGACCUCUUUGAGCCGACAGGGGACCAUCGAAUGGGAGAUGAUAUCACGAUGGUGAUAUGUCCCGGCAUCGGUAACCACAGCGAGAAGCACUACAUCCGAACCUUUGUGGAUUACGCCCAGAAGGACGGCUACCGCUGUGCUGUACUCAACCACCUCGGGGCUCUACCCAACAUUGAGCUCACCUCACCACGCAUGUUUACCUAUGGGUGCACAUGGGAGUUUGCUGCCAUGGUCGGGUACAUCAAACGGGCGUAUCCUCAGACCCACCUCAUAGUGGUGGGCUUCAGUCUGGGUGGAAACAUUGUCUGCAAGUUCCUGGGUGAGAACAUGUCCAAUCAGGAGAGAGUGCUCUGCUGCGUCAGCGUCUGUCAAGGUUACAGCGCUUUCAGUGCCCAGGAAACAUUCCUGCAGUGGGAUCAGUGCAGACGCUUCUAUAACUUCCUCAUGGCCGAUAACAUGAAGAAAAUAAUCCUCUCUCACAGACACAGUUUAUUUGGAGGAAACUCCGCCAAAGUAAUGGAUGCAGACCUGAGUCGGCUGUACACGGCGACAUCACUCAUGCAGAUCGACGAUAACAUCAUGAGAAAAUUCCACGGUCACAGCUCUCUCAAAGAGUAUUACGAGAAGGAGAGUUGUGUCCAUUAUAUUCACAAUGUAAACGUACCACUGCUGCUUGUCAACUCGGCCGAUGAUCCUCUGGUUCACGACUCUCUGCUCAAAAUCCCUCGCACACUCGCAGAGAAGAAGCCGAACGUCAUCUUUGCCUUGACGCUCCACGGCGGGCACCUGGGCUUCUUCAAGGGCGCGGUGCUCUUCCCCAAGCCCCUCACCUGGAUGGACAAAGUGAUCGUGGGCUACGCCAACGCCAUAUGCCAAUGGCAGAAGCAGAAACCGCCGUGCCAAAGCGACCCGCUGAACCUCGUCUCCAUGGCAACUAAGAGCAGGAACAACUAAGGUGGGACAUGACCUUCUGGUUCCAUCGCAACCAAACGUGAGCACACCCCAGUAGAGUAGUUAAAGUCCAUCCUCACCGCCGGGUCCAGCCUUCUGAACCAAUGCAACGUCCGUGUGGCGUUUACUGUACGUUAGCCCCAACUACGCCGGCCGGGUCUCGGAGUUAUGAUUCUGUGGAAUAUAGAAAUAAUUCGUUCAUUCAUUCAUUUUCUACCGCAAGGGGUGCUGGAGCCUAUCCCAGCUGUCUUCGGGCAAGCCAGUCAAUCACAGGGCACAUAUAGACAAACAACCAUUCACACUCACAUUCAUACCUAUGGACAAUUUGGAGUCGCUAAUUAACCUAGCAUGUUUUUUGGAAUGUGGGAAGAAACCGGAGUACCCGGAGAAAACCCACGGGGAGAACAUGCAAAUUUCACACAGCGAUGGCCGAAGGUGGAAUCGAACUCGGGUCUCCUAGCUGUGUGGACUGUGUCCGAACCAUUCGGCCUGAAAUGUAUCAAAUAUUUUUUUUUACAUUUUCUUAUCCUCACAAGGGUCGCAGGGGGGUGACGGAGCCUAUCCCAGCGGUCUUUGGGUGAGCCAGCCAAUCACAGGGCACAUAUAGACAAACAACCAUUCACACUCACAUUCAUACCUAUGGACAAUUUGGAGUCGCUAAUUAACCUAGCAUGUUUUUUGGAAUGUGGGAGGAAACCGGAGUACCCGGAGAACAUGCAAACUGCCGUGCAGCCUCAAUAGUGUUGGCUGUUAACCAAAAAACGUGUUAACCAGGGCGGAUGUUAACCAAGGUUAGCAUUUUUUUUUUAACUUUGAAAAUUUAGGCCAGAAUUUUGUGUGCACUCAAGCCUACGUUUUGUUGGGAGGAAACCGGAGUACCCGAGAGAAAACAUGCAAACGCCACACAGAGAUAGCCGAAGGUGGAAUCGAACUCGGGUCUCCUAGCUGUGUGGACUUUGUGUAUCAAAUAUUUUUUCUAACAUUUUCUACCGCUUAUCCUCACAAGGGUCGCAGGGGGGUGACGGAGCCUAUCCCAGCGGUCUUUGGGUGAGCCAGCCAAUCACAGGGCACAUAUAGACAAACAACCAUUCACACUCACAUUCAUACCUAUGGACAAUUUGGAGUCGCUAAUUAACCUAGCAUGUUUUUGGAAUGUGGGAGGGGAACAUGCAAA